AUGUGGUUUUUAUCAAAUUUGAAAGAUCUUAUAGGUGACUCGGACGAAUUGGUGUUUGUUUCUGACAGGAAAAAUAGUAUUGAAAAUGCCAUUGCCCACCUAUUUCCUCGGGCUCACCACGGGUCCUGUGUCUGGCAUAUGGAAAAGAAUUUAAUCCAGCGGUACAAUAAUCUUCGUAGGGUAAGUGCUAGAGCAUACGGGUACUUGGAGCGAGCAGGUUUCCUAUUUUGGUCAUGGGCACUAUUUGUUGGCCAACAGUACAACAUUUUGACCAACAACAAGUCAGAAUCUUUGAACUCAAUGUUGAGACACGCCCGUUCGUUACCGAUCACGUGCUUAGUAGAACACAUUCGACAUACUAUGCAGGAGUGGUUUUAUGAACGUCGAGCAAGUGCAACCGCAUGUAGUACCAUUCUAUCACCAACGAUGGAGAAUGAGUUACGGACAAUCUUUGAAGCAAGUACUAGGCUGCGAGCACAUGGCUUGACAGAUAACUUAACACAAGUUGGAAUAUCCAGCAACACGAACAUCGUAGACUUCUCCGAGAACACGUGCACUUGUCGUGAGUUCCAACUAAAUCGUAUGCCGUGCAUUCACGCAACCCAUGCUGCUUGCUUGAGAGGUAAGUCAUUGUACGAUCUCUGCUCAUCAUAUUACACAUUCGAGUACUGGAAGGGUGCCUAUGGAGAAGCUAUAUAUCCUGUUUUGCGUGAAGUGGACUGGAUUGUUCCAGCCGAAAUUACAAGUACUCCUAUUAUGCCCCCCAGUGUACGUCGUCCUCCAGGUAGACCACCCACACGACGUAAGCGAUCCAAACACGAGUGUACCACAUGGCUUAGGAAAUGCACUCGCUACGGUGGACUUGGUUAUAACUGGACCACAUGUUCGAACUACACUAUACCACGUCCUAUGUAA